AUGCCCCGUGUCCGCCCCGCAGCUCCAUCACCCCUUUUGCCCCAGGACACCGCUUGUGCCCGUUCCUCCCGUGGAACAGCAGCGAUCCCGGCGGAGCCGCCGCGGGCGCUGCUCCCUUCCCACGCCGGGAUGUCCCCAGCGCUGCUCUGCUGGCUCGGUGCUGCCCACGGCACUAUUCGAAGGAUCAUUAUCGAGAAUCCUGACCAGGUUUUACAGGAGCCAUUAUCCCCAUUUCUCAGAGCGGGGACUUUCGGCCCUGGAAAUAAUGUCAUCUAUGAAAAGACAAUAAGGAAAUAUGAGCUAUUAAAUCCCCUCCAAGAGAAGCAGUUCCAGGUGUCCCAGCUGUGCCAGCAGGCAGAGCAGUGCCAGCCCUGCCCGGAGCCCACCCCGGUCACCCAGCAGUGCCAGCACACCCAGACCAACAGCCCCAGCGAGGUGUUCCCGGUGUUCCCGGCGCCGGGGAGCGAUGACUGCCGGGGCCACACCGUCAGGAGGGUCCCCCUGCACUCCUGCGAGCAGGUGAACUGCUCCCAGGAGAGCCCGGACCAGCUGGACUGUCGCUACUUCGGGGAGCUCCUGGCUGAGCUGCACCGCAAGGGCAACGACCUGUACAGCUGUUUGCUGCAGCACGUGGAGAAGAUUGGAGGCAGGAACCAUGACAUCGAGUUCACGUCUCAGACUGAAGAUAUUGAAGAAUUAAUUCCCAAAGGACUGUCUGAGGCAACAAAGCAGCAGAUUCGUUAUCUCCUCCAGAUGAGAGCGACGUCGGAUAAAUCCCUGAGACUUGUGCUUUCCACUUUCAAGAAUCUCCGGGAGGAGCUGUGCCAUUUGCAGGAUGACCUGGGGAAGCUGGAAACCGACAAUGUCUUGCUGAAGAAGGAUUUGGCUUUUAAGGAUUCUCAAGUAAAAGAAUAUGAAACCAUGUUGGCUUCUCUGAGGGAGAACAAUCGUCAGCAGCAGCAAGGGCUGAGGGACAGCACUGCCAAGUGCCGCUCUCUGGAGGAGCAGCUGCUGUCGCUGCGGCUCAGCGAGGGCGACAAGGACUGUCAGCUGAAGGAGCUGGAGUACGGCAAGAGGGCCCUGGAGCAGGAGAUCCAGAGCCUCAAGCUGCAGAGCUGCUCCAGCCCCACACUCCAGACCACCACAGAUGAGCUCUCCAGCCGAUACGUGGAGAUGAUCAACAACCUGAGGGAGGACAAGGACCGGGAGAUCCGCAGCCUCAGGUCCCAGUUAUGCCAGUUCCAGCAGGACAUCUCCAGGAGGGAGGGGAGCAACAGUGACUUGCAAAUGAGGCUGCACGAACUGACAUCAAUGCUAGAGGACAAAGAGGCUUUUAUUAAACAACAGCAAGAGGAGCUCUUCAGACUGAAGCAGGAGAAGUUAUCGGGCAGUCAGUCCCCUGGAGUGACAGCCAUCAUCACUAAAAAGUACAGGAAUCAGUAUCCUAUUCUGGGCCUCCUGUCUGAUGACUACAAGGUCACAUCACCUGUCAAUAAAUCCCAAACUAUUGUCAUUGAGAGGACUGGGGAGAUAUGGAAACACGACUGAAAGAAACCUCUGGGCCAUCAGAGCUGUUUGAAGGAGUUCACAGCCACUCCACCUGCUUUACUUUCUGCUACUCUGCACCCAGAAAAGGUUCAGUCUGCCAGUGAGGAGGGCUGGGAACACACUGAGGACUCACUUUUCCCUCAGAAGAGCAGGAUGCCAUCCCUCUGUGGACUUCAGCUUUUCUUGACUAACUCCUGUUCUUCAGCCAGUCCUGAAGUGAUCUAAGAGACAGAAGGAAGACACCUGAAACCUUUUCCUCUUUGUUCUGGUAGCCAUAUUCCUCUGUCCUGUCUCCUCAUGCUGAGAGUGGGAAUGGCACCCAUGUCAGUCCCACACAUCAUGGGGCUGCUCCCAGUGCAGUCUCAGGCUGCCAUCUGGAGAUGAUAAAAACCCCAGAAACCACCUUCACAGGGAACUUCAAAAAUACCUCACUGAAAACUGCUUACCUUCACCUGCCUCUGUGUGGGAAGCUCAGACACAAAGGACAAUUACUUAACUUACAGCAGCCACACAACUCCUCAACCCCAGCUUCUGAACUGGGAAAUGCCAGCAGGAUCCAGUUCAGUGAAUGGUUGGGCAAAGGGUCAUUUUAGAGAAUGUUUCUGACCUCAGAGGUGAUGUAUGUUCAACCCCAAACCAGCUGUAAGUAUUUAUUUGCUGUGCUUGAAAUUUUCAAGAACUUGGCAUAUUUUUAUAUAGAAGAACUUUGUAUGAAAAUAGCUCAUGGACUAAAUUUCCUCAUCAGAUCAACCUGCCUUUAACAAUUUCUGCUCCUUCCAGGCCCACAGCAAUUCUUUCAAAAUAAUUCAGUAUUCAUGAGUAAGUUGUUGUCUGAGCAACACAGCACAGAGAAUCACAGGGCAAAGUUUAAACCAAAGGUGCUUUUUAUAGUGGGGUUCUUGCUUUGCUUUACUUCUGCAGCCAUUUCUGUUCACAAAUAAUAUAUAGCACAGGCAAUGCUGGAGGAUACGUGUAACCAUGAA